AAGUCAAAGAAAGCCGUCUUUGUCGCGUUCCCAUUUCUCUUCAGUCUGCGACCAGCUUGCCAGGUAACCGGGUCGACUGACAGCUGCAGCCAUUGCCUCUCUCUGCAGUAGUCGCUUUCUUCCUGCUGGCGUCUGCCUACCUCAGGAUACUCAGACCUGGCGAAGCUUCCAGCCGCGCGGACUUUCUCCCCUCGCUCCACACACCAACAAUACCGCGUAAUUAUCAUUUCUGUCAUUGUUAUCGUCGUUAAAAAGACGUAUAUAAUCCGACGCCAGUGUUAUUACGUAGCAAAAUAACAAUUACUUCGAAUAUUUCACAAAUGAAUUUAAAUUGAAUCGAAAGUGAUAUUCUGGUGAAGGAAGAGAAACCCGAAUAAGGUGUUUGUCUGUGUUUUGUGACUAGAAAUUUUGUGGAAAGAGUGGUGAAUUCGGGGGAAAGUUAUUCUCACCGUCAACUGAACUUAAGAAGGAUUUUAUGGACUGGUAUUUUAUUUACACAACUUGAACAAAAAGAUAUGGGAUUUAGACACAUUCAGAAGUUCAUAAAUGGAGCCGUAGCAGCCGCCUCCAUCCUCACUCUCCUUCUCGAACCAAGUGUGGGCCAGCAGAGGAGGGGCCGUGUUGGCGCGAGUGGGCAGCAGGCUGUGGAAUUUGACUGUCCAGAAGAUUUUGGCUACUAUCCACACCCUAGUGACUGCACACAAUACUAUGUCUGUGUGUUCGGUGAUGCACUGCUUGAGUCAUGUACUGGAGGGCUUAUGUACAGCCAUGAGCUCCAGACUUGUGACUGGCCACGCAAUGUUGGAUGUGGAGCUGAUGGUGAAAGUGCAACAAUCAGCACAGUUAGGGUCACUGAUCCCAGGACCAGACAAACCACUCCCACAGGGUCAUCAUCAAGGACUGUAUCCAUCUCUAGAGGACAACAGCAACAGCAGCAACAGCAACAACGGGAACAACAACAACGCCAGCAGCAAGAAGAGAUUGCAAAGCACCAACUGUAUGCUGAUGACCUGGGUCCUGCAGAGGAAGUAGAGAGUGACCGGCAACAAAGAGUGUACAGAGGUCAACCCUCAACUGUUGGGCAGGUCGCAAGAGACAGGGAUGGCCUCCGACACCAGGUCACCAACGCAAUUCCAGCUCCUCCCGGCAGGGUUGCCAGCGGAGAGAAGAUUGGCGUAAUCUCAUUUGGCACCCAACAGCAACAGCAGCAGCAGGAACAACAGCAAUACAGUUUUGACGAGGUGACUCUGGACGACAACUUUCUCCUGACCAAUGAGACACAUCAGCGCAGAAGAGAGAAGCGGCAAAUACGAUACAGUAGGUUCCCAGGCCAGGGUGGUCCAGUGUUGCAAUUAGACCGACCAGAGCUGAAUACAUUAUCGCUAACUGUGCCGGUGCUCAGCAAUGGAGCCAACUACAAUAGUUACAAAACCUUUGGGCCUGCCAAUACCAAUGAUAUUCCAGUUCCAUCUCCAUCUGUGAGGCCAUCCAAUCCUGCUCCUCCCCCCUCCUCUGAUAAUAACUACAGGCCGAUCCCUAACAACGUCCCAAAUGCUGACAUCAGACAUUUCCGAAGUCCAGAGAAUUAUCUCACUUCAGGACAGAGACCACCACCUAAAAUACAAUUUACACAGACAAAUAAUAACUUCAAACCAAGACCUUCCCAGACACCAAACCCUGCUGUUUCUGCCUAUAAUUUGAGGCAGUAUCUAAAUCAGCCUCCAGAUCCUAAAAAUACAAAAUUACAGCUUCAACAGACAUCACAACUGAACACAGACUUACAGAAGCAGCAGCAGCAGCCUGUAGGUACAUCUAACAUAAACCUUAAUCAGCAAAAUAAUGUCAACUCACUUCUUCAAACUCUACAUCAAAAUGCUCAGUAUCUAAAUCCUGUUUUUCCUGUAAGAGGCCUAGGUCCUACCUCGUUUACAAACUUCCAACAGAUCUCAGACAUUUUUUCUAAUCCAGCAAGUCCUCCAACAUCCCUUAGCCCCAUAAAUCAUCAGCAAGUUUACAGCCAAACCAAAGCUGUGACCAGGGAUUCUUCUAUAUCAGGAAUUAAUUACCAUAAUCAAAAUCCACCAGAACAGGAUAGGUAUUCACAUCCUCUGUUUGACCGUCCUAACAUGGCUGUGCCCGCAGUACAGUAUGCACCUUCAAGCACAGACACUCCCACCCCAAUCCAGCAAUCUUCAUUUCAAAAGUAUGUGACAACACUCCAAAACCUUCCAGGUGGACAGACCCCAUUAGGAUUUCAAUAUGAUGCACUAUCAUCCGCUGAAAUACAUAAUCAUGAACAGCGGGAAACUAGCCAGCACCUUGUAUCACCUCCCCCACCACAACAGCAGACUGAACUACCACACUAUAAUCAAAACCAGCAACAAAUACAGCAAACAUGGCAGAAACUCCUACGGGAACAGCAGCAGCAACGUAAUUGGUCACCUGUGCCUCAACCCACAAAAUCACUCCCACCAACUUAUAACAAGCAUAAAAAAGAUACAUUUUCAGGCCCUUCACACUCUCUCAACUUUGAGGAUCAAAGUUCAGAACAACUAGAUUUACGGACUGAAGGUCCUUUCAGGCCAAACACAAGCCCAUAUGGUGAUAGUGAAAGUUUUGUGGGUGUUGUGUAUAAAGAUAAUAUCAGAGAAGUCUCAGACUUGUAUACAGAUCUGCCUUCCACAGCUGACCCAAGCUUCAAUGACCAGCUUGGAAGUAAUGACUACUUAAGGCCGCAAGCUGCCCCUCCCACAAGACAGCCAGCAAGGCAAAAAGCUAAUAUUCCUGACAAGAACCUCACAGAAAAACCAGAGAGAAAUACAAGGAGACCUCACAAUCGCAAACCUGUCUCCUAUCCACAAACAACCUCACGACAUAAUUUUGCUGUAGAAAGUGAUGGAAACCAAAAACAUGUAGUGCGGACUCCUGAUGUGGCACCCCACAGCGACACAACUUCCAUCCCACAUGGCAAAUAUGAGAGUCUCAAGCUACCAGCGCAAACCAAAAAUGGCAAACUGCACGGUAGUGAUAGCCAGGAAGAUGUCUAUGAGAGAAAACCAGAAGAUUACGAUAAAAAGGUAUCUUAUGAUGAAGACGAGACCCUGGAAGAGAAGAAUCCUGGAUCAAGAAAGCCAGAGCCAGAAAGAGAAUCACAGACAAAUUCUGACUUUCGGUACCGUAACAGAGGAAACACCCAUACAGAAACAAAGACUGGGAGAAAACGGCCACAAUACAAUACAGAGCAGAGUAACAGAAACAUUCCUCAGAAUCGAAAUAGACAACCUGUGAGACAAGAGACAUCAGAACAAACCUAUGAUGGAGACCUGCCUCAAACAGAAGAGUCCGCAUCAUCAGAUCAGCCUGACUCAUAUGAUACUGAGACACAUGAAAGUGACGGAUCUGCUUUAAGUGACAAGGACCAAGCAGAAACUAUCCCCCACUUAGAAACAACAACUGAAGACAGAUUUCCAGCUCCACCACCAGAGUUCUAUGAAGAGUUCAAUAAGUUCAAACAUAUUACAAACCCAUUUGCAAGUUUUGACUUUGACUUUGAUGCAUAUUUGGACAAACUGCGAGGAAAUCCCAAACCAGCUAGCGAGCAGGAAUCCUCUAAAGUUCAGAUCACAAACACAGAGCCUCCAGAAGUGAGUAACUAUGACACUGAGGGUGAUAAUAUUAAUUCCACUACAUAUCAAAACUCAGAGUCAACCACAACAACAGUUAAACCAAAUGUGCAGCAAGUUGACCAUACUGAGCCUUCAGGGCAGAGAACAAGUCAGGGGCUUACUAAAGAAUACAUAAAAGAAUAUUACCCACCCCCACCACGUAACGCCAAAAAUGUUUAUAAUGAAGAGAUAGGGGCACAUAAUGAAGAGGAUGAAAUUCAGAAACAUAACCAGCAGGGCAGACCAGCUGACACUGACACAGAAACUGUGAAGGGCAGUGCUUACCAAAGUGAACAUAUAACCAGCACAACACAUGCACCACAACUUGAAAUAGCCACAGUCAAUCAUCACAUAAAGCCUCAUCCACUGACAGUGCCAUUUUACCCUGGAGAAGAUGGCAACUUUUAUGCUAAUCCUGUUCACAUUCAGUCCCAGCAACCCGAGACUACCCUUGCUGGAAGAACACAAGACACUGUCCUACCAACAGUCACAGGGAACAGGUACUCUGUACAAGAGGAGAAUUUUGAUACCAUUCAGUCUACAGAGAGAAUCCCACAUACAACAAGCACUUCUAAAUCUUAUCUUCAGUCCCACAGGAAUUCUAAUGCCAACAAUCAUAAGUCAUAUGAGUCCACUGUAACAACUCCAUUCCCUGCAGGUAGAGACAAUGUAAAUCCACUGCAUCCAGUUCAUGUAGUUGUUACAACUCCUUCACGAGGUUCGAAACCUCCACGACGAGGGCCUAUAAGAAAUAUGCCACAGAACUCCAAGCACAUCUAUGCAAGCCAAACCAUGGAAACCAAUAAAGCUAAUGAUGGCUCUAGAAAGAACGCCUAUUAUGACAGUGCAUACCAUCAGCAACGUGUCACAAAGCCGAGGGUUCGAGUCAAAGCACCACAUACAACUCCAGCAUCAUCUCUGCCACAUCCAUUCACUGCAACUGCUUUCAGUAGCAAUAGGUACCAAUACCAAGGAGCUCAAAAGACAUCCACAGAGCACACAACACCCAGACCACUAGCAAACCCAGCUUCCAGCUUAACACAAAGUGAUACCAAUCCAAAGAAAACAGGUCACUCUUACAUUCACAUAUCAGGAGAAGAAAAUGACACCAUCAGACCGCUGAAAAUUUUACAAAAUGAAAGGACACCACAAAGCCAUAAGACACUAUCCACUGGUAUCUACAAUUCACCAAUUCUUUCACCAACCACGGAAUUCCUUUCCACAAGCAGUACAACACGAUACAAUGAUCCAAAAACUUACAACAGCUGGCAAAGCACAGUCCCAUACCAGCAGGAAGUCUCCAACUUUGAACUUACAACUCCAACACACUCAAAACAUAAAGUAACAGAUGACAAUUCUGAAAGCAGGUUCAACUCAGAAUCAGAUCUCACCACACCAUCUCUUCCAGAGUAUACAACUGUAACACUCAUUAAUAUGCAUGAUAUACCCAGUGAAAACACACCCAUUACAUACUCUGGGGUUCAGACAAGCACAAGACCAUCAAAUGAACUCUUAGAUUCAAUAUAUGACAUAGCAAAGACAAUGUUUAAGCCACAGUAUGAUACUGCAAGUGAUCCCAGCUCUGAGAGUGCUAAUCAAAAUCCAUUUACAAAGUUAAGCCUUUUCCAUCCUAAUGUUACCACUACUACAAUCUCUAGCAUCACUCACCUGAAACCAGGGCACCAAAGACCACUAAACCAAAUUCCCAGAGGUCCUGGAAUCAUGAAUCAUGUUAAUAAAUAUACCACAUCUGGUGCUGAUCACACUACACAUGAAACAUACACCACACGACACAGACCUUCCAAUGACCAUCCUAGUUUACCUGUAAGACAUAGAACCCACAGACCACUGACGAAGUCCCUGCAAAGUUCUGCUGCAAAUGUCAUUACUACCACCACGUCGCCUUCCAGCGAUAUACACACCACACUGAUAUAUCCUUCGCCCACACACAGCCAGCUACCAGUAAUGCCACGACGGCUUAGACGCCCACCUAAAGUUAGAUUCGACGUGACUUCAACUGAAGCAUACCCAGACAAUGACAAGAGUGAAUCAAUUGAAAGACCAUUACAACAUAAUGUCAACAGACUGAACAAGAUACCGCUGGGAAGUACCAUGACCGCAGCACCACACAGGGUGGAACCAAGUGUUACCCCGGUAACCUAUGCCCAGCAGCAAGCAGUACAAGUACCUGCCAAUGCAAAUGUGUACAACAACUCUCAGCGUUACAGCCCUACUCAGUAUGAUCCAUACUACAACAUUUAUGAUGAAGAUGUGGAGAUAUACAGAGAUGUUGACUACACUCAGUUCCCCAGCAAUCAGGGAAGCAGACAAACUAACGCAAACAACCAGCAGCCACAAUAUCGAGGCCAGAGCCCCUACAAACAACCACCUCAAGGACUGACACAACAGGGGCAGACAAACGCAGCCUAUGCACAACCCAGCCACAACACUCAGCAAGACGUGUAUGUGCAGAAUAUAGAUCCACAAGAAUAUAACGAAAACUACAAUACAGCGGCUGAUGACCAAACACAAUACAAGCAGCAGUCUGGAGUCCGUCAACCUAACAAGUCGUCAUCCCGCAAUGACAGGAAUGAACUGAAUUUUGCUCCACAACUGUCAAGCACAUCUUCAGCAACCAUUCCUCCUAUCACCACCAUCAUCACAACAGUAAGAACUACCACAGCAUCAUCAACCAUCAUCACAACAGUAGCUCCUACAAGACCACAGACGAGACUUAGGGUGGAUCCUACAAUCACUCCAAACAACAAGAAGUACAACGCCGUGCUAGCAGCCAUAGCCACUUCAUCACCUAAAGAUCAGGCAACACCUAUAUGGACAAGCACCACCAUCUUCCCUAAUGUCCCGGACUUCGAUACACCUUACCUACUCACACUACAGGAUUCCAAAGUCAAAUCCAACUCAAGGCAAGCCACCAACACAAACUCUCGGCAAAGCAAUUCCGUACUGCCCAAGUCUCGCAGAAUAACACUAGCUCCAUCUUCAUCUCUUGCUGAACUUUCCUCUACUGCAACAUCCAAACCAACUCAACCAUCCAGAUCUAGGAGUUCUUCCCGUCGAACUUCCCUGGAUCCCUCUACAGAAACAGCAACUGGGAGACGAGGUUCUGAGGGAGUCACACUCGGUGCUUCGUUGUCAGGAACUUCUAGAUCAGGCAGUCAAAGUGCUAGUUCAAAAAGUAAGGAGAGUGAUACUCGACGUACUGCUACCAAAUCUUUUACAAUUGGAGGCAAUACAAGCCCAACUUCAAAGGCUUUCUCACUAGAAGCCGAGAUCAGUGCUAUUGAAAAUUCUUUCACAUUGAAUAAUGCUACUCCUAGACGUGACGAGGAACGUGGACAUAGUGGUUUUAGAACUGAUCCAAAGAUUUCAACAAAAUUUCAAAGUCAGAUUCAAAGAGAUGCCAGUGAACCAGUACAAAGAACAAGGCUUGUGUCUGAAUCUGCAUCAUCCCUCUCUAGUGACUCAAACACUUCUCAAGAGCCUCUCAGUAGCCAAAGAUCUGCAGUCUCUUCUAGAACUCCUCAGUCUAGACAACCUGAAACUCUGGUAUCUCGCUCAACAUCAGAAACUCCACGCUACUUAUCUCAAAAUGCUGGCAGUGAGACUGUUUUAUCUCCUUCUGCCCAAAUUUCUACAUCCUCACAACGGAGUGAUUCGCGAAAUGAACCAAAUCCUACACCCUCAUCUUCAGCCUUGAGAUCCUCUUAUGAUGCCAGCCUGGUUGAGGCAGAUGAUGUGAACUCUGGGCUAUCACGUAAUUCAAUUGUCCAACAAUCAGAUGUUUCCAUCAACAAUAGAGCAAGGUCAAGAAGCAGUAGCCAAAGGAAACCUACUUCUUGUGCUGAUGCUGUAGAUACCAACUCAAAUGCAGGAUGCAACGAAAAACUGCCGAUUAGAUUAAGACCUACAACAGCUUCCCCUGACAGUCAGUCGACCCCUGCUCCUGCCAGAGGCAGCAAUACUGGAAGGACUCGUGGAGAUCCUUCAUACACCACAGCUAGUGGGGCAGAACCAAAUGUCAACCGUGGUACACCGGCCUCUGUCAGCCGUUCCCGACCCACUCUGAAGCCAUCAACUGCUAUUGUGUCCAAAGCUCAGGAAUUUGUGGAUAUAUACCGAUAUCCACCCAGAAGGCCUGAUCCUGUAUACCCAACACCACAGGUGGACAAAACAGCUGCUAAAUGUCGCAAAGAUGUGUGUCUUCUCCCUGACUGUUACUGUGGGGGCAAGGAUAUACCAGGUGGCUUUGCAGCAGAGGAGAUCCCACAGCUCGUUCUGCUAACAUUCGAUGACUCUGCAAAUGAUCUCAACAAGGGAUUGUAUACAGACCUAUUUGAAAAGGGACGCACAAACCCUAAUGGCUGCCCCAUAGCAGCAACUUUCUACGUAUCUCAUGAGUGGACGGAUUAUAGCCACGUCCAGAACCUGUACGCUUCUGGACAUGAAAUUGCAUCACAUUCCAUUUCGCACAGUUUUGGGGAACAGUUCUCUCAGAAGAAAUGGACCAGGGAGAUCGCUGGGCAGCAAGAAAUUCUUGCUGCUUAUGGUGGUGUGCGCAUGGAGGACAUCAGGGGUAUGAGAGCUCCAUUCUUGGCUAUUGGAGGUAACAAGAUGUUCAAGAUGCUGUAUGACUCAAACUUCACCUAUGAUUCAUCGAUGCCUGUUUAUGAGAACAGGCCUCCAAGUUGGCCGUACACACUGGAUUACAAGAUCUUCCACGACUGCAUGAUUCCACCCUGCCCCACACGUUCCUAUCCAGGUGUUUGGGAGGUUCCUAUGGUGAUGUGGCAGGACUUGAAUGGAGGGCGAUGCUCCAUGGGUGAUGCUUGUAGCAAUCCACCUACAGCUGAUGGAGUAUACAAGAUGCUUAUCAAAAAUUUUGAACGCCAUUACACAACCAACAGGGCACCAUUUGGCCUGUUCUACCAUGCUGCCUGGUUCACCCAGCCACAUCAUAAAGAGGGAUUUAUUGCAUUCCUUGACACCAUUGUAAACAUGCAAGAUGUCUGGCUGGUGACCAAUUGGCAGGCUAUUCAGUGGGUGCGUGACCCCACACCUCUGUCUCGCAUCAACAGCUUCCCACCGUUCCAGUGCAAUUAUCCAGAGCGACCCAGAAGAUGUAACAACCCCAAAGUAUGCAACCUGUGGCACAAGUCAGGUGUGCGAUAUAUGCGGACAUGCCAGCCUUGCCCUGAUGUCUAUCCAUGGACUGGCAAGACAGGAGUGAGAAACAGCAGAGUCGACAAUGAAAUUAUUGAAGAAUCAUAAGCCAACAAGAAAAGAGCACAACAGACUUCAUGUACAGCAUAACAUUUGUAUUAGAAAAAAUAACUUGUUCAAAAAGCCACACAGAAAUUAAACCCCGUAUUUGUGCACCCACUAAAUUUGAAAGACUUAUAAAUUAAUUUUAAACUUGUUUCUUCAUGAAAGAUUUAAUUUUGUUUCAAGUAUCUGUGCUCAAAGAAUGCCAGGCAUAACUUAAUCUUAAAUUUUAAUAAUGAGUUUGAGAGCUUAUUCUUUGUAAAUAAUCUAUCCAAGGGGUUAAUGCUGAAGAAACAAUAUAGUAAAAAUAAAUUGCCAUCAUAAGAACAUAUAAGAGAUUGAGCAAUAAAGUAAACUCAAAAACAGUACAAGCUGCCAGACAUGAAGAAUAUAUAAGAGAAAACAUGCCAUAUUCUAAAACAGCUUUAGAUAGUACAGUAGUCUCUUGCCAAUUGCAGGGACUGUGUUCCUGAAUAAACACUGCAUCUGGUAAGACCAGGGCUGUGUGGAAAAUGCAGGAUUACGGAAACAAUAUAACUGUCAAUGCUCAUCAGAGUUUAAGUUGCAUGUUUCUUCAAUAAACACAAAAAAAAAUACUGUAUGUAAUAACAUAUAAAAAUAAAUUAGACAUAAACUAUAAAAAGUCCCACAAAAAAGGCAAUGAAAUGCAAUGUUAAUCUAGAAGCGAGGUGUUUCAAUGCAAUUAGAGCCCUGGCCCCAGAAAAUGUGGAUCUCUUAGUGCCAAAGCUAACUUUCUCCAUAUGUAUGGAAAUUAAAAGCCACAUUCACAUAAAACUAAAUACUGUGGCAAACAAAACUGGAUAAAAAUGGGAAACUGUAGAUAUUUGAAAUUCAUAAUUGGCAAGGGAUUGCUGUAUAUAUAAAUUAAAAACUCAAAAAAUUUAUGACUACACAAAUGUAGUUAUUUUCUACAAAGCACAGUAUCAGCAAAGCUGAUGCAAUUUGAACAAAUUUUAGUGUGAAUUUCAUCCUUAACCAUGAAACACAUGACCAGCAACUUUCAGUUGGUUAGGUAAGAGUCAGCACAUUGUUCUAUGACUCUAAUGUACAUACAGAUACAUGCCACUCAAAGGUACUUCUUUGCAGGAUGUGAACAUACAUGGUGUAAUUUUGUUGGCAUGACACAGAAAUGAUUCAUUGAAGCCCUUUAACCGUUGAACAGAGAGAUACUUUUGGACCAAGAAUGAAAUUUGGGGUAUCAAAAAUUGGUGAUUGGGUAAAUAAUGUUUGCAAUAGAAAGUCUUUGUUAAUGGGGCAUAUAUGCUAGAUGAUUACAAUUCUGUCCUUGUUUAUAUGCUUGACACGUAAACCGAAAAAAUGUCUUCGUAUGUGGCCACUAUAUAGUAAUAAAAAGUUGAACGUUUAUUAAAAUAUAAACUACAGAAUUUUAAAUUCAAUUUAAUUGUAGCUGAAAUAUGGUCACCCUUUACUUAGUGUAGGGCAAGGCUGAUUUCCUGAACACAGUGAAGAUACGUGUAUCCUGAUGCUACUUCACUUACUUACACACGUAAAUUAUGAUGCUUGUCCUAAGAAACAAUUUAUGCAGUAUCACAAUAAUGUAAAAGGAGAUUUGGGGAUUAUCCAUUGAAAUGUGGGUAUCAAAGAUUAUACAUGCACAAAACAUGACCCUUCCACUUUGGGGGAAAAGCUCUAUGAACAACGUAUAUUUCAGCUUUGUAUAGAGAGCUCAAGCUAAGCACAUUCACUGUAAGGUUCGAUGAUUCAACUUAUGACCCUAUAUACAAUGUACUAACAGAUGCUUCAGUGCAGUAACAAUAUACUAAAUUUUUGGAAAAUACAAUUUUUUAAAUAUUUCAAAAAAAGUUAUGAUGUAAUUAAAGCUAAGUGACAUCUGAAAUAUUACCAGUUUUUAAUGUAUAUAGAGGAAAAAAACAGUUUCUUAGCUACAGAGAAAUACAUGAAUUUGUUGCAACUGUUUUCAGUUAGACUUUAAACUCUGAACAUUAUGCCCCACAAACAGAGCCUUUGAAAUACGAGUCUUCCGGUACUUAGUUGUCUCCACCGUAUAUGUAUGAUUGUGUGUAUGUAUGUAUUGUGUGCACAUCUGCUGCUGAUGACAGAUUGACAAGUGUAUUGAUGCUGCUUAUUAUAAUUAUUAUUUAUUGACCCUUUCGCCCAAUAAUUAUACCCAUGUAGUUUAACUAUGUAAAUGACAAAAAUGAAGUCAACUAUGAAGGUUAUUUAAUUAAUCCAAUGGACUAUGCAUGUGUGGCUUAUCAGCUGUAUUGUCUAUGAAAACAUAACCGAACAUUUACUUCCAUUUAUAUACACAUAUAAACACACUGCAAUAAAGGCCUUCAAAAUGAAAAAGUUUUCUUAAGUAACAACAAUAUACACAAUUUAUCAAAGCAAUUAUGCAAUUAAAAACAAGCUUAGAUAUAGCCACCAUGCAUUCUCUUGGAUGAAGAAUGUUGAGAAACGCUGAAUGUAUAUAAGGUAAAGGCAACAAGUAGUGUUUGGAGGUGAACAUGCCCAUGGUGCCGUAGAUUGUUGCCAUUCUUUGUUUUGAUCAACUUCUCAAAUAAAUAUUUUAACUACUGAGCUAACACAAAGAAAUUCUGUAGCAUUACCAUUUCAAUUAGGUUCAUUCCAUGUCUGUUCUUUCAGCAAGUAAAUGUUUGUAACACUGAAA